CAAUAGAGAGGAGCGACUUCGGGCAGAUUCCUGGCUCGCCCUUUCGCUGCUCACAGGAUCAGAUUUCAUUCCCUUCAUUAUUCUCCACUCCUCCCCUCCCUCACCCCGCCUCAGUUUCUUGAUCUAUAUAAAAAAAGAAGUACAAAAGACAAAUACUGUCUUCAACACCUGGAAGUGAAAACCCAAACCGCCUCAAUUCUGCUUUGAAAAAAUCUUUCCAAGAACUUUCUUCAGAGAUUUUACAUAGGUGAUUUGAGCAAUGAAGAUAAAAGCAAUUUUGGGGGUUUCUGUAUGUCUGCUGCUUGCUUGCGCCUCUGUCCCUCUUAAUGCUGAGGAAGACGAAGAUCUUAAUCCCGAGGAAGAUGAACAGUCCAACAUUACAGAUGCUGAGCUACCACCACUGAAACUUGCUCAUUCCUACUGUGCAUAUAAAGCAGAUAAAGGCCCGUGCAGAGCAAUGCUGAAGAAUUUUUUUUUCAAUAUUUUCACUCGACAGUGUGAAGAAUUUAUAUAUGGGGGAUGUGAAGGAAAUGAGAAUCGAUUUGAAAGUCUGCAAGAGUGCAAAGAAAAAUGUAUAAGAGAUUAUCCAAAGAGGUCUGAAAAGUUAAGGACAGUAUUGCAAAAAGGAAAGCCAGAUUUCUGCUUUCUGGAAGAAGACGUUGGAAUCUGUCGAGCCUACUUUACUCGGUAUUUUUAUAACAACCAGUCCAGGCAGUGUGAGAGCUUCAUUUACGGUGGGUGCCUGGGCAACAUGAACAACUUCGAAUCGCUGGAAGAAUGCAGGACCACCUGUGAGGACUCAUCCAACAAUGACAGCACCCAGCUUGCUCCCGUCCACAAUGGCUCCUUGACCCUCCAGUCUACCAAGACCAUCAGAAAUUUUGGCUAUCACAGCCCCUACUGGUGUCUGACCCCAGCGGACAGAGGAUUGUGUAAAGCAAAUGAGAGAAGAUUCUACUACAAUUCAGUUACUGGGACGUGUCUCCCAUUUAAUUACAGUGGAUGUGGAGGGAAUGAAAACAAUUUUACUUCCAAAAGAUCAUGUCUGAGGGCUUGCAGAAAAGGUUUCGUCAAAAGAAUGUCAAAAGGAAGAUUAAUUAAAGUUAAAAGAAAAAGAAAGAAGCAGUCAGUGGAAAUAGGGUAUCAUUACAACAUCUAAACAUUAUAGAUGAAGCUUUUCAUUAUGAUUUCUAUUUUUAAAAAUUCUGUUUAAUUAAUAUUUUCAUGAAUUUCUUAUGCAUAUAUUACCUGUUAUUAAUACAUUUUCAUCACCAUUCCUUUUCUAGUCUAAGUCAAAUUGUUUAUCCUAAGGCUGUAAUUUAUUAACUGACUACUAUGAAUUUAUUUAUUCUCUUCGUCCCUUUCUAUUUACCAUUUAACUACAAAUUAUCAGACUGCUGGCCACAUCAAAUCAAUCUGUUGUGUUUUUUUCAUCAUCAUCUAUUUCAUAAUAUAAUGUUACUUAUUUGUUUUGCUCAGAGACAUGUAUAUAAUAUACAUGAGGAUGAUCUCCUGUAUAGCCCAUGCUCAGAGUAAGAGAUACAGCCCCAUUAAAAAACAAGCACUUUGGGAUUUUAACAUUUAAAAUGGUGACAAGCACCUUCCUCUGAUAAAGACUCCUCACUUGUGCGUUUGGAAAGACCUGAUAACAGCAGAAUUCUAUUAGGUGCUGCCCUUCCUAGACAUACUUCUCCCUGUAUAUUAACCACUACACCAGUGGACCUUGAGCCAAACCAUGUUUCAACAAAGAAGAGUCAAUUCUGUCAUGUGCCAGCCUGAUUCUGUCUGAUUUAACUGUUUGCCCACUAAUGACCUUUUAUAUCAAUAAAGGUGGUUGAAUAAAUUA